AUGCUAAGGACGAGACCUUUCAAUUGGGGUCUUUUGAGGCCCUAUUUUACAUCAUCACUUUGUAAGGUGCCCAGAGCACCUCCAGAUAAAGUUUUGGGGCUGUCUGAACAUUUCAAGAAGGACAAGAAUAUUCAUAAAAUUGAUUUGACCGUAGGGAUAUAUAAAGACGCUUGGGGCAAAGUUACUACUUUUCCCUCUGUAGCAAAAGCCCAAAAAUUAAUUGAUUCUCAUUUGGAGCUGAAUAAAAAUCUAUCAUAUCUACCGAUAACUGGAUCUAAAGAGUUUCAAGAAAAUGUUAUGAAUUUCCUAUUCAAGGAGUCAUGUCCUCAAUUUGGUCCGUUCUACUUGGCACACGAUCGAAUCAGCUUUGUUCAAACUCUAAGUGGUACUGGUGCCCUAGCUGUAGCAGCUAAGUUUUUAGCACUGUUCAUAUCAAAGGAUAUUUGGAUACCUGAUCCGUCUUGGGCAAAUCACAAAAACAUCUUCCAAAACAACGGUUUUGAAAAUAUUCAUCGGUACUCCUACUAUAAGGACGGCCAAAUAGAUAUUGACGGAUGGAUCAAGCAACUGAAGACUCUGGCACAUAACCAGAAAAAAGAAAAUGAUAAACAGUUACAUUGCAUCAUUCUGCAUGCAUGCUGUCAUAACCCAACUGGCCUUGACCCAACAAAGGAACAAUGGAAAGAAAUCAUAGACACGAUAUAUGAACUAAAAAUGGUACCUAUUGUCGAUAUGGCUUAUCAAGGUUUAGAGUCCGGUGAUAUGCUAAAGGACGCGUAUUUGAUGAGGUUGUGCCUAGAUGUAGAUAGAUAUCCAAAUUGGAGUAAUGGUGUUUUUCUUUGUCAAUCAUUUGCCAAGAACAUGGGGCUUUAUGGUGAAAGGGUUGGAUCCUUAAGUGUUAUCACACCCGCCACUGCCGAUGACGAAAACUUAAAUCCUUUACAACGGGGGAACUCAUUGCAGCAGAACAUUGAUUCACAAUUAAAACAGAUUGUUAGAGGUAUGUAUUCCUCUCCACCAGGUUAUGGUUCCCGUGUGGUUAACGUGGUUUUGUCAAAUACCAAGUUGAAACAUCAAUGGUUCAAAGACGUAGAGUUUAUGGCUCAGAGGUUGCAUUACGUCAGAAAAGAGAUGUUUGAACGUCUUCGCUGGCCAGAUCUAAUAAACUUUGCACAACAGCACGGUAUGUUUUACUAUACAAGGUUUAACCCAAGACAAGUUGAAGUUUUGAAGAAUAAAUUUUCCGUCUAUUUAACAGGUGACGGUAGAUUGUCACUUAGCGGAGUCAAUGAUUCAAAUAUUGACUACUUGUGUGAAGCUCUCGACGCUGUUUCAAAAAUGAGCGAAAUUGCAUAA